GAUCACGGUAUGUGUGGAGGUUUGAAUACCUAUAUUUUUGAAUGUCGAUUGUGGCUUGAUCUUAGGAGCACAUGAAGCUGCAACGCGGUGUUCAAUGUUGAAAUAAUCGGGUCACAUGUCGUGCCUGAGUCGGGCAUGCGGGUUCCAGACUUGGAGAAGUGAAGGAAAGGAGAUGAAUCUGGAAUGGUUUCGCAAGUCGGCGUCGGCUACGAUCACAGUCCUGUGUACUAAAAAUGGCCCCUGGCGCCCCUCGGCAGCGGCAUGCAUGGCCAUGUCCGUCGGACCCUCAAUUGGGUGUCUCAUACAUAUGUAUUAUGUAUGUAUGUAUGUAUAGCUCAAUUGGGGAGACCCGAAUAUAAAGUCGGGGUGAUCUUACCGAAGGUUAUAAGGCAUCUCGUUGUACUCUCUGUACUUCCCCCCUCGAGCUUCUUUAUCUCUUUAUCUCGUUCAUUCGGGCCUUUGACUUGAGCAACACUCCUUACUGCUCUGCAAUUACCUCUUUGACGCUGCAAUAAUGAGGAUAACAUCUGGCUCUCUGGUGUUCGUAACGCUCUUUGGAGCUGCUGCCGCUGCGGGCUACUCGAAAGGUGUCUCAAAGGGACCGAGUGGAUCGCACACAUGGUCUACGCCUACGCCUACCCCGACUCCGAAGCCGCAGAAGUGCAAGUGGGGUCCUGUUGAGUGCUGCGCGGGACACACUGAGUCGGAUAGCACUCUUGGACAGUCAAUCCUUGGGCAGUUCAGUAUUCCCAAACCGAGCUCGGCGGUGGAGAUCGGAUACAACUGUACUUCGCAUACUGAUUCGGAUAUUAAUGAGGGGGUUUGUGGUCACAACGUUUAUUGUUGCCAGAAGAUUUACAACGGGACGCUACCAGGAGGGAAAAAUACCACUGUUGGUGUGGACUGCGCCGACGUAGCAAUAUAGUGCCCUUCCCUUCAUUCACCUGCCGCCCCCACAUUUUUCUAUCGCGCGACGCGGGUGGAAAAACGAGGCGUCUGCAUGGACUUGCAUCAAUAACAAUGUCAUUCGCCACACUGUAUUCUCCUCGCGUCCCCAUUUCUUUUCCCUUACACGCUCCACGUUUACAUGCUUCCUGAUGAUGCCGAACUUCAGAGUUUCUUCUGCAAGGUUCUAUACACUAGACGAUUUCGGGAUGGACUAUCGUUUUAUUUUAAAAAAGGACACUAUCUUCUCGACACGAGGUUUGGAUGGACUUAUUCUACCCGUUCUUUCCCUUUUCGGACUCUUUACAAUUCCGGUUUUCUCUUCUAAUUCGGUGUUGCACUUCCAACUUGGUUUGAUGUUAACUUCUCCAUCCAUGCAUUUGCACGCAUUCGCCACGAGUUCUUUUGUUGUGCGACGAUCAUUACUUUACUAACUGUACCAUACGUGCUAUUCGUUCUAUAUUUGUAACGUUCUUUAUUUGCAUGUUUA